AUGUCGGUACUGGAGAAGCCUUCCGUCGAACAGCUGUCUGGAACUUUCACGAUUACUAACUGCAGGCAUGAGAACCGCGCAAUCUUGCCAAACAACAAUUAUGAAGUUGGCCUCGUUUGUAUUGUCCCGCCGACCGUAGGAUCAAUCGAGAAGGAAGAAAUGUGGACGCUAGCCCCCAGUUUGGGCGGUCGUUAUACGAUCAAGAAUUGUCGAUAUAAUUUCGUUUGCGCGGCUCCAGCACCCAUCCGUGCCGAUACUUCAGUAAUGGGCAUGGAAAAAUCUCCUUUUCAGUGGUGGAUUCUCGACAAGGUAGAUACUGGAUUGUACGGACCUAAUGCCUAUAUGUCCCAUAAGAUGUUAUCUGAAGAGGGAUCUAUGCUGGAGUCUGGAAGGAGAGGAGGACUGCUCACCGAGACGGGAUCAAUUCCCAAGUUCUCCCACAUACCGACUGCCGAAUUGCAUAGAGGGUUAUCUAGACCUGUUAUGACUAGCGGCACAGUGGAGGUACAACUAGGACACUAUAACAAUAAGGAUGUUGCCUUGAAAAUUCUCCGCGAUGGGUACAAUGACCACUCGAAAGUUCGAAAAGUUCUCGUGAGAGAAGCCGCGUGUUGGCGACACCUGUCUCAUCCGAAUAUAGUACCGUUCCUAGGUAUCGAAGAAACGUAUCCGCAACUAUGUCUUGUGUCUGCUUGGAUGCACAACGGAAAUAUGAAUGCGUAUCUGAAAGCGUAUCCACGCUCUAACCGGUAUACAUUGCUUCUAGAAGUUGUCCAAGGACUCAAGUAUUUGCACUCUCUUCAUAUUGUGCACGGAGGCCUCAGUGGGUCUGGUAUACUGAUCGACAAAGAUUGGCACGCGCGGCUAUUUGGCUUUGGUCUUAUGGACAUUGUAGACGACUCAGAUCAGGUAUCCUCAGUGUCUUGCUCCUCCCUCCGAGAAUCUUUGCGGUGGUUGGCGCCGGAACUGAUAUGGAAGCUUUCGGACGACAUCUGGAGAUCGCGAGACGAAGCGUCCGAAGCCGAAUUUUUCGAUCGCAAAGGAACUGCUCGCCCUUCCUACGCGAGUGAUGUAUAUGCCUUUUCAAUGGUCAUGUACGAGGUGUUCUCCGGAAACAUUCCAUUCUACGACCAGAAAAGCGACGGCGGAGUUGUGCGCACCAUAAUGAGUGGGGGGUAUCCUGCUUUCGAAGAAACAUGGACAUCGCGACUUCCUGACAGCAUGCUCGAUUUGAUGAAAGAAUGUUGGGCCACGAAACCUGCAGAACGUCCGAGUUUGCAAGGAGUCCUUGAGGAUAUUCAGCUGGCAGAACUCAAUAAAGUGCAGGACGAGCCGGUCCUGGGACAUGUUGCACAUGUUAGAUGA